AUGCAUUUGAUCAUUCAACUCUCUUGUAAUCACUUUCACACAAUUUAAAAUCAUAACUAAAGCACGCAUAUACACACAAUAUGACACAAAUACACACGAUAAGCCCACUCCCAACUAACAUCCUCAAAUGUUGAUGCAAGUAAAGUUCCCAUUCAAAACUUCAACCAACAUCCAUAAAACCGUAGAAACCAAAACCAGAGCGAGUAUUCCAAGAAAAAACCUUGGAACAUCCCAUUCGACUAUUCGAGAUUCUCUUUGUUGCCAAAUCCACCGAAAUCUUUAACAAACUAAAGAUUGCCAAAAUAACAUAAACUAUUUUAUAAUUCAUCUUUGUUGUAAAAUCAAGAAUGAAAAACCCGGCAAAUAUCCUGACCCAAUUCCCUAAACGGGCUCUCGAUCUCGAUUGGAAACUCCUGCUUCUCCUCCUGUUUUCCGUCACCUUUCUCAUCUACGUUUCUCUCUCCGCCUCCUCCGCCUCCUCCGCCGCAUCAUUAUCCAUCUCUCUCCGCCGUUUUGUCCCCCCUUUCAAAUCCAUAUUUCGCGACCUUGCCCCGGCCGGCCAUCCGCCUGACGGAGCCGAGGGCCGGCCAAACGGGUCGAGAAUUGCCGUUUGUUUGGUGGGCGGUGCCCGCCGGUUCGAGCUCACCGGCCCGUCCAUCGUGGAGAGGAUCCUCCGGGUUCACGAAAGUUCGGAUCUUUUUCUCCACAGCCCGUUGGAUGCAAACUCUUACAAGCUUCUGCUGUUAAACGAUGCGCCGAGGAUUGCUGCCGUCAGGAUAUUUAAACCCGAACCCAUACCCGAGACCGAGUCGGAGGCCCGGGUUCUGACAUCUGCCAACUCGCCCAACGGUAUACAGGGCUUGUUGCAGUAUUUCAAUCUGGUAGAGGGCUGCCUAAAAAUGAUCAAAGACUACCAAGAAGAGAACAAUUUCACUUAUGAUUGGGUCAUCCGAACAAGAGUUGAUGGUUACUGGUCUGGACCAUUGGGGCCCGAAAACUUCAUUCCGGGCCAAUAUGUAAUUCCACCAGGCUCGUCCUACGGCGGCCUUAAUGAUCGAUUUGGAGUGGGAGAUUACAACACAUCAGUAGUAGCACUUUCGAGGUUCUCCUUAAUCCCUCAGCUCGACUCGGCUGGGUUGACUCAGCUCAACUCGGAGGCUGCUUUCAAGGCCCAACUCACCACCCAAAAGGUCCAAUUCACUACUAAGCCUCUCCCUUUUUGUAUAGUUACAGAUCGUGAAUAUGCGUUUCCUCCGGCCCGUUUUGGGGUGCCUGUGGCCGCGCUGUCUAGCUCAGGCCCACUUAGUGGUGCCAAGUGUAGGCCCUGCAGGCCCGUAUGUACUGGAUCUUGUGUUGGGCCUAUCAUGAAUAGGCUUGAUAAAGGGUGGAGCUGGACUGAGUGGGCUGGAAACACACUUGAGCUUUGUGAUGCACACAGUACGUGGGAAAAUGGGUGGGAAAAUUUGUUUGAUAAGGUUGCUGGGGAAAAACUGGCUUCUGCGAGGAAGAAAGUUGGGGCUUUGGAUAUGGGCCGAUGCAUUGAUGGAUUUGAUAGAAUGAAGAGACGGACGGCCCACUGGGAUGGGCCUGGACCCGAGGAAAUUUGCAGGUUGGGCCUGAAGUUGAGGGGAUGACCAAACAGAUCCGUAACACUUUUAGGUGUAGCUUCAAUUUUUUAUUUAGUUUUUUCGGCUUUUGAUUUUUUGGUCUUGUAAAGGCGAGGUAUUUUUCCUGUAUGUUAAACAGAUCAUAACACUGCUAUAUAUAGUAUAUACGUAUUAUUAUACAUGAUUGAAUCUAUUAAUAUAUAAAAUCAACUAUUACAACA